AUGAAUGUUGUCCUACAUUACAUAUUAUUAACUACUUUAAGUGUGGAAUUCGUAAUGGGAAAUUUUGGCAAUACAUUCGCAGUUUUGGUAAACGUUAUGAACUUGUUAAAGAGGAGAAAGUUAUCUCUCAUAGAUCAGAUCUUGACUACUCUAGCAAUUUCCAGAGUUGCUUUGAUUUUUUCACUAACUGCAGGUAUAUUUGUAUCUGAACAAUACCCAGACAUAAUAAUAACUAGAAGAAUUAUGAGACAAAUUUGUAUUUUCUGGACAGUAACCAAUCAUUUCAGUAUCUGGCUUGCUACAUGUCUCAGCAUCUUCUAUUUUCUCAAGAUAGCCAAUUUUUCAAACUCUAUUUUUCUUCAUCUGAAGUGGAGAGUUAAAAAAAUGGUUUCAGGGACACUGUUGGCCUCUUUGUUCCUCUUGGUUUUAAACAUUUUAUUUAUAAACACAUAUAUUGAUCUCUGGAUUGACAGACUUGAAGCCAAUACAUUCUUCAGAAUUAUCUCAAGUAACUAUUCUCAAGUUUAUAGUCACAUUAUACUCACAAACUCUAUGUUCACACUCAUCCCCUUCACCAUGACCCUGACUGUGUUUCUCCUGCUUAUCUUCUCCCUGUGGCGACAUCUGAAGAGCAUGCAGCACAAUGCAAAAGGCUCCAGAGAUGUCAGCAAAACAGCCCACAUAAAGGCUCUGCAAAUGGUGGUCAGUUUCCUGUUACUGUAUAGCAUUUUUAUUCUGUCACUUUUUUUGCAGUUUUGUAACAUUAACUAUGAACAGAAAAAAUCAGUUACUUUGUUUUUCUGUAUUACUGAAGUUGCUUUCCCCUCUGGCCACACCUGUGUCUUGAUUCUGGGAAACACUAAGCUUAGACAGGCAUUUGUUUCCAUGGUGUGGUGGCUGAGGUGCAGGCUCAGCAUUGUGGAUCCCUCAGUUUCCUAA